CUCAACGCCAGUGCAGGUUCGAUAUCAGACCAUCAGCUUGCAAAAAUGGCGGCCAGCGUGGAUGCCAAGCUCCUGAAGCAGACCAAGUUCCCUCCUGAAUUCAGUCGGAAGGUGGACAUGACCAAGGUCAAUAUUGAGGUCAUGAAGAAAUGGAUUGCCGGAAAGAUCUCGGAGAUUCUAGGGAAUGAGGAUGAUGUUGUGAUUGAGCUUUGUUUCAAUCUGCUUGAAGGGUCUAGAUUUCCCGAUGUCAAGUCGUUGCAAAUCCAGCUUACGGGUUUUUUGGAUAAGGAUACUGCGAAGUUUUGCAAGGAGCUUUGGUCCCUAUGCCUCAGCGCGCAAGAAAAUCCUCAGGGUGUCCCCAAGGAGCUUUUGGAGGCUAAGAAGCUCGAACUCAUACAGGAGAAGAUUGAAGCCGAAAAAGCGGCCGAAGAAGCUCGUCGGCAGAAGGAACAAGAACGGGUCCGAGAACGAGAACUAGAGGAGCUCAGGCGGAGGGAACGUUCUGAGCGGGGAAGAGGUGGAAGGCGUGGUGGCCGCGGAGGAGGUCGAGACUUUGACAGACGUCGCAGCCGUGAUCGCUUUCAGGACCGGCCUUCACGCCGCGAGUUCGACUCCUACGUCCCCUCGGGUUCGCGCAGGAACCGUCGCCCUUCUAGGUCACCAAGCCGCUCACGUUCCCCCUCCGCCUCUCGGUCACCACCCCCUCGUCGCGAACGCCAGCCAAGCAGGGACAUAAACAGGCGUCGCCGAUCGCCUAGCAACUCUGUAUCUCCAGGCAGAGACAGGAGGCCGAGGAGACGUAGUCCUGAUUACGGUGAUCGAGCUAGAUCCAUUUCCCGCAGUGAUUCCUCACGCUCACGUACUCCCAGAAGAGACCGACGGAGACGGGGAUCCGUUUCUUCCCACAGUUCGUCCCGUUCACCUGCUCCCAGGGACCGGCGCAGAAAAGACUCUUAUUCCAGAUCUCGUUCUAGGUCGCGUGAGCCGGAUAAUAGAAGCGCCAGACGGAGAAGAUCUUCGCCUUAUUUUUCAAGAGUUGAUAAGAAAGAAUCCACCGCUGAUUUUGCAAAGGCCCGCAAGAACCGUGACGAUCGCCGCUUGAGUCGCAGCCGCAGCAGAAAUCGCGAUGAUACCCGCAGACGCCGGUACUCGAGGAGUAUCAGUCGCAGCCGUAGCCGCAGCCGAGGACGAGGCCGUUCUCGCAGCACCAGCUCCAGUCCGAGACGUCAUGAUUCCCGCAGUCGCAGCCGUAGCCACAACAGGGAAAAGAAGAGACGUCGCUCCAUCCAGCGAUAUGCUCCUGCCGCCCGCAGACGGCGUAACACCUCUUCUGUAUCCGUCCGUAGUGAAAAGCGACAGAGAAUGACUGAUCAGGAAGAUAACUCCGCAAAGCGGUCGUCGCCACCACCUGAGAAGCCCAACUCGUCAGAUCACGAGAUGAAGGAUCCUGAAGAGCAGAAACUACACUCUAUCCGACCUCCUCGUGCACAAAUAUGCAGCACCGAACUACGCGAGAAACUUCUGCGCGAAAAAAUCGUCGCAAUGCGUCGUACCGCCUCUAGCGACAAGGUGAGUGACAAUUCGUGACACUCGAAAUGGGAUCAAAGAUAGGAGGGAUCUUAAACUUCAUGAAAUGAAUGAUACCAUCUACAUAUACUUCAAAAAAGUAUUAGCGAGUCUCUUCGAGGAAUAAAGAAAAGGAAAAA